AUGGUUCUUCAAGAAAUGGACAGUUUCACUAUCAUUUUCCCAGAGUUCAAACUUCUGAGGGAAUAUCAUAUGCAAGCUAGUUCUUGGAUAUCCCGCUUCAACCAUUUGCGGGUGAACAUUGGCGAAAGAGUUGAUCAAGACAAUGUCGUAGAGGAGUUGACCAACAUACUAAAAGAUGCAGUGUCUCUGAAAAUUCAAGUUAGAGAAUUGCCUCUUGUUGAGCUUGAGCUGAAGAAGGCUUGUUGCAGGGCAAAGGCUCUACAGGUGAUACUACAGAUUGAAGGCAAAAACUUGUUUGUCUAUAUUUCUGGGCUUGUUGAUGCUGCUACACGUUGGGAAGAAAGAGCAGUGCAGAUUCUAGCUUUGGAGGCUCAGCUGCCUGAAUAUGAGGAACUCUUCUCUAAUCCAAUCAAUCUCAUUAUUUCAGUGGAGGAUACAGGGAUAGGUAUUCCUCCAGAGGCGCAAUCCCGUGUUUUCACUCCUUUCAUGCAAGUGCGCCCAUCAAUUUUUCGAACACAUGGGGGCACAGGUAUUGGGCUAAGCAUAAGCAAAUGUCUCGUUGGCCUCAUGAAUGGGGAGAUUGGAUUUGUAAGCAUACCCCAGGUGGGAUCCACGUUUACCUUUACUGCAGUUUUCAAUGAUGCCUGUUCUACCUCAAAAGAGUGCAAGGGCCAGCAAGUGAAAGGACAAGGUGACUCUGGCACCUCAGAAUUUCAUGGUAUGAAAGCAGUGGUAGUUGACAGAAGACCUCCGUGCCAAUGUAUGAAAGUAUCAUAUCCAGAGGCUUGGUAUUCAUGUUGA